AUGGCACCCUCGGCCGUCGAAGCCCCCGUGCCUGCAGCGAAGGCCAUUGACAGCACAAAUGGCUUCAUAAUGGAUGAUGAGCUCAAAUCUCCAGCUUCGCCAUUACCCGAGGUCAAGAUCUUUAAUGCCGCGAGUGCCACGGUUGAAGAUCUGGUAGAGGCUAUCAGAGUUGCUGGCGGAGUGGUCAUUCGCAACGUACUGGAUCAAGAUGAGUUGGCGCGCAUAGAAAGGGAUACUCGGCCGGAGCUAGAAAAGGAUACAGCUUGGGGUGAUGGCGACUUUUUCCCAGCAGAAACUCGAAGAGCAUUUGGACUUGUCACAAAGUCGAGAACCUUUGCCGAUCGCAUUUUCGGUCAUCCACUCUGGACAGGGGUGACAGAUGCAUUGCUAUCAAGCACAUUGAAAUAUAAUUGGAUUGGCGGCAAGAACGAAGCGUCGGUAUCUCGACCACAAUUGAACAACACCAUUGUUUUCAGUAUCAAUCCGGGCGCACGGGAUCAAGCGUUACAUCGUGAUGAUGCGAUCCAUCAUGUUUAUCAACCUGCAACGGCAGAACACGUGACGGGUCGUGAUGCAGGUAUCGGGUUCUUCGUGGCAGGGAAGAAGACCACCAAGCGUAAUGGUGCAACGCGGUUCAUCCCAGGUUCACAUUUGUGGGACUAUGCCGCUGGACCUCCAGAAGAAAGCCAAACUUUUUAUGCCGAACUCGAACCUGGUGAUGGUUUCAUGGUCUUGAGUGGUUGCUUCCACGGAGGCAGUGCUAAUAAGACAGAUCAACCAGAUGAGAACGGCGAGAUUCAUCCGGAAGAGCGCCUCGUGUACAGCACCUUCAUGACGAGAGGUUGGCUGAGACAGGAAGAAAAUCAGUACUUGAUCAAUCCGGUCGAGAAGGUUCGCGAGUUGCCCGAGUGGAUGCAGGAGAAGGUGGGAUACGGUCUCUCAAGACCUUUUCUCGGCUGGGUCAACCUCAAGAGUGCGAUGGAAUGGCUACAUCCCAACAGAGGAAGGAGGACUGGUGACCUCUGGUGA